CUCAAAAUCAAAAUCACUUCUCUCUCUAAAAAAAAACACACACUAAAAAAAAAGAAAUUAUUUCAAACUAUGUAUCCAACUCUCUCUGUCAUCACCAUCUUCACACUCUUCCUUCUCACCACCGCCCAAACACCGCCAGCACCGCCGCCAAUCUCCGACGCCUGCAACGGCGUCUUCUUAUCUUACACAUACACAUCCGGAUCCAAACUCCCACCCGAAACACCCGACCCAUCAAACCAGCCGUACAGAUUCGAAUCAUCUUUAAGAAUCCUUAACAACCAAGAUCAAGAACUAAAAUCUUGGAGGGUUUUUGUGGGGUUUCAACAUGAUGAAUACUUGGUUUCUGUAUCUAAUGCUGUAAUUGCUGAUGGGUCUGUUAGUUUACCGGGUCGGGUCGGGAAUGGGACUGUUUUUUCUGGGUUUCCUGCUUCGGAUCUUAAGACUGCUAUUGAAACUGCCGGUGAUGUGAAUCAGAUGUCUGUGAAAGUUGAUUUUGUUGGGACCCAGUUUGGUGUCGGGUCGACCCGGGUUCCUAUGCCUAGAAAUAUUUCACUUGCUAAUGAUGGCUUUGUUUGCCCUACCCCUACUAUGCAAGGGACACGAGUUAUGAAUGUUUGCUGCACGAAAGAUCCAAAUGCGGCAACCAAUGUGACUGUAGCUGACGAGUUUCUUCCACGCCAAACUGGUGAUCUCACUAUCAUGUACGAUGUGAUGCGGACCUACGACUCACAUUACUGGGCUGAGGUGACCAUUGAGAACCAUAAUGCACUUGGGCGGCUCGAUAAUUGGAACCUAACCUGGACCUGGAUGAGGGAUGAGUUCAUCAAUGACAUAAAAGGGGCUUAUCCUUACACCCGUGAUUCAACAGAGUGCAUAUUCGGGAAACAAGGCGUGUUCUACCAAGAUAUGGAUUUUUCAACUGUUUUAAAUUGUGAAAGACAACCCACAUUGACCGAUCUACCCCUUGAGAUGACCAACAAUACCCAGCGCGGAAUGAUCCCAUUCUGUUGCCGGAACGGGACGAUUCUACCACCGACUAUGGACCCCAGCAAGUCGAAGUCGGCUUUUCAGUUGCACGUCUACAAAAUGCCUCCAGAUAUUAAUCGCUCUGAGCUUGUCCCACCACAAAAUUUUAAGAUUAGUGGAAGGUUGAAUCCAGAUUACAAAUGUGGCUCUCCUAUACGGGUCAGCCCAAGUGAGUUCCCAGACCCUAGUGGACUACCUGGCUCGACAGCGGUAUCUAGCUGGCAAGUGGUCUGCAAUAUCACGCAGGCGAAAGGUUCAAGCCCCCGAUGCUGUGUAUCGUUUUCUGCUUACUACAAUGAGUCGAUCAUACCCUGCCCGACUUGUGCUUGUGGUUGCCCGAGUCGUGCAAAUUCCCAAACAUGCAGUACAACUGCACCUGCAUUGUUUCUUCCUGCCCAGGCUCUUUUGGUACCAUUUGAUAACAGAACCCAACUCUCGACAGCUUGGGCUAGCCUGCAACGCCAAAGCGUCCCUAACCCAUUGCCCUGUGGGGACCACUGUGGGGUCAGUCUCAAUUGGCAUCUGCUUACCGACUACCGUGGUGGAUGGUCAGCCCGUAUCACUCUUUUCAACUGGGACGAAACAUCUUUUGCUGACUGGUUUGUUGCUAUGGAAAUGAACAAAUCUGCCCCUGGGUUUGAGAAAGCGUACUCAUUUAAUGCAACUGGUCUUGAGCUGAACGGUGUCAACAACACGAUUUUCAUGCAGGGUCUACCUGGACUGAACUAUUUGGUUGGGGAAGUUGACGGGGAUAACCCAAAAAGAGACCCGAGGGUACCUGGGAAACAACAGUCUGUGAUCUCGUUCACAAAGAAACUAACACCUGGAAUCAAUGUUGCUGGAGGCGAUGGGUUCCCAACUAAAGUAUUCUUUAACGGUGAAGAGUGUGCACUUCCAAAGGUACUUCCAACAAGUGAUGCUUUACAAAUGGUAUCCAGGGUCGUGUUAUUGAAAUCUGUGGCAUUUGUCGUCUUUGUGAUGUUGAUGCUGCAGCUAUAGUUGGUAGUGAUAUUCAAUGGAGAUUGAUUUUUGUAGAUUUGUUUAAUUUUUUCAAGGAAAGAUGGUAUAGACUCAUUCAGCCAUUUGUAUAGGAUUGUUGUAAUAUCAAAUCUGCUACACAUUGAUAUUGAUUUUAUUAGUUUUUUUAUACCAAUUUUACUUUUCAAUUUA